CAAAUCAGAAGAGAAGCUGAGUUGAUGUGUUGUGAGAGAACGCCCCCUUGUUUGUGAGGGAAGAACUGCAUUGUUCACCAUUGGAGAGGGAAUUCAAGUUGGUUGUGGUUCAGCACACUCUGCCAGCAGUUCAAGAGGUCUAUGGUCCAGAGUUAAACUGAGACCAUGAAGGGCUUGGAGCUGCUGCUGUUGCCUCUGCUGCUUAUUCUGAAAGAUGUAAGUGCUCAGUGGAAUGUGUGGAUGCCCAAAGACAUUUCAGCCAUGACAAACUCCUGUGUGGUUAUACCCUGUUCAUUCACAUACCCCUCUGGCAUCAGGCCUUACAGAGGGAUCCAUGGGAUCUGGUAUUUCGGCCACCCCUACCCCCAGCUUUUCCCCCCAGUGGUGUAUAAGUCACGCACAGAUAUUGUUCAUGAAAGUUACAGUGGACGGACCAAGCUCCUUGGUGACUUAAUGCAAAAAAACUGCACUCUGCUGAUAAAUAAUGUUGGCGUGGAACAUUCUGGGAGGUAUUACUUCAGGGCAGACCUGGGUGGUGCAAACAUCUACACUUAUCCUGACUUCUCACACCUACAGGUGUUGGAUCAGCCCAAUAUCGAUGUUCCAGAGGAGAUUGUUAGUGACCAAAGCCUGGACUUGACCUGUUAUGUCCCAGACAAUUGUCCAGACAUGAGUCCACAAAUCCACUGGAUAUACACAGACUACCUGCCUGACCCUGUUUUCACCCCUGACAAUGUUGAGGACAGCAACACCGCGGUACUGUCCAGCACCCUCACCUUCACACCCAAACCCAUGCACAAUGGCCAGCGGCUGGGCUGCCGGGUGCACUACGAAAACAACACCUUCGUCUACGAACGCCUCAUUUCACUGGACAUCAAGUAUGCUCCUCGAACUGUGUGGGUAAAUGUGUCUCAAGAGGUAAUGGAGGGAAGCUCGGUGGUCCUGCACUGUGAUGUGGACAGUAAUCCAGCCCCCACAAUAACCUGGUAUUUUGGAGACCAAGAGCUGAUGUCAGAAGUUGCGUCAAACUCUUCACUGUCUUUGGAUAACCUGACCCCAGAGGUGGAAGGUGUCUAUACCUGCGUUGGUGACAAUGGCUAUGGCAGCAUGAACACAUCCAUGUAUCUGGCAGUAAAUUAUCCUCCACGGGAGCCAUGGAUAAAUGAAUCUCUAACGUUGCUGGAAGGAUCUUCAGUUUCCCUACAGUGCAUCAGCAAAGGAAACCCAAUGCCCACGUUGACCUGGCUGAAGGAUGGGGAACUGGUGGGCACCAUUACAGCAGAAGAGAGAUCCAUUCUUGAGCUGCACGAGAUCACACCGCAGGCUCACGGAGUCUACCACUGUCUAGCGGAGAAUGAACACGGACGGGCCAGCAACUCAUUUAACAUUACGGUAGAAUUUGCCCCCAUCCUCCUUGACGACUCUAAGUGCACUAUAGUCCGUGAGGGCGUUCAGUGUGUGUGCAUUGCAUCGGGAAACCCUGAGCCUGUGAUAGAAUUCUACCUGCCUGACCUCAACAUCACCAUCAACAACUCCAACAGCCUGUUUAACUACCGCACAUACUCAGACGGGUACACGUCCACUGGGAUCAUCAAGCUUCAGGACAAGGGUGAAAGGGGGACCAAUGGUGAUACUGGUGUCCAUGUUCACUGCGGCAUCAGCAACAUCUACGGCUCCGAGUCCAUCCGCUUGGAACUGCAGCAGGAGAAGAAGUUCAUGAUGGCUGUCAUAGUGGGGACUAUCGGAGGUGUGGCAGUCAUCGCCUUCAUCAUCGCAGCUGUGAGAUACGUGGGUCAGAAUAAUAAAAAAGAGAAUGGUAACCCUGGGCAGGACGUGGGAUCUAAAGUGGAGAAUCCCUCAAUGUUCUACAGCGCAGUCAAGAAGGACAAACAGAGUCUCAGGAAAAAAGUGCUUAAGACUGAGCUCCUGGGCUCAAAGUUUAACUCCAUCCUAGAGGAAGGCACGGGAGACGACAGUGAUUACCAAUCUGUUGGCCCAAUGGCAGACAUGGAGAGGCAAGAGCUGAAUUACGCCGCACUAGAGUUUCUUCAUGGACGACACCGGGAGGGAGGCUUCAGGAGGGCUGAUGGUGACGGCAGCGACUACACUGAAAUUAAGGCCAAAUGAACCGCGAUUCUUCCCUGAUGCCUCGGCCAAACAGGACACAGUGGCCACUAGGGCCUAAUAAUUCCACAGAUUUCCCAUUUCACCCAUGUUACAUGUGGCCUUUUCAGGGGACAGCUGUCUCGAACAGUUAGCAGACAAUGUGUCACAGGUUGUUUUAGAUUGCAUUCUCUUAGGCUCUGAGAUUCUGGGAAUCAUAUUAUCCAAUAUAAGUCAAAUAUACUGUACAAUAGAGUUUCUUUAUGUAUUUAUCUAUGUUUUUGGUUAUUUAUACCCAUUCUUGACUGUAACCAUAACAGAUAUUUUGUCUCUCAAUCAGAUAUGGGAGUAUCUGUAGUAAUCUCCUGACUUAAAAGACAAAACUUUCCAAAAGGACGUUUUUUUCCCCCCAAGUGUUACAGUGGAGCUUAUAGUUUGAAGCAAGCUUGCGGGAAAUGGUAUGGUUUGCAGGUGAGUCUCAGUCACUAGUGGUCCUUCUCACUGUGUCCGCUGUAAGUCGAAGCAUCAGGGAACGAGGCGCUAUGUGUGCCUCGACAUAAUGUAUAAGCACUAUCCCAUCUCUGGGUUUGUCUGGAAGGACUAACACUCUCUUAAAUACAGCGGUUGUUUCAGUCUUUUUCUAAGUGUACCAGUCUAAAUGCACAUUUCAAUAUUCAUCCGCUGAUACUUUUAUCACAUGCCCAGAAUUGAUUGUUAAAGGAAUAGUUCACCUAAAAAAUUUCAAUUCACCGAACAAAUCCUGCGUAUAGCAAGAAUCUUUAUUUAGUUCUAAUAAAAGUACCACAAAAAACUUCACGGUGUUCAGUAUUCCUAGAGUUCUAAAGCCAUUGUUGACAUUAGUGAUGGCAAAACAUCUGAAUGCGAUGCGAUUUUGUUUUAAUUUCAGACUCAAAAUUUUAAAUACUGAGUUGUACAGACUACUUUUAUGGUGCAUUUAUGAUGUUUUUGUUCUUUUUAGUGAUCAUUUGUUCCUUAUGGGUUUGGAAGAAAAUGAGGGUGAGUGUUAAUUUUUAGGUGAGCUGUACCUUUAAGUCGAUACUGGUUUUUUUUUUUUUUACUUUAAAUUUAUACUUUAUCUUCAUUUAUUUGUAUUUGUAAAUUAAAACAGGCCAGUAACUGAAUUCAAAACUGGUUUAUUGAAAGGUUGCUGGAUUUUGUUUGUCCCAACUACUUUGUACCCUUUUAUUCAGACAUAUAUUUGUUUUAAAUAUGUUUCAAAUACAUUUAAAUCACCCUGAUAAUAAUUCGGUCAAUCCGAUGUAGUAUAUGAUAAUGCCUGAUGGUCAUCCCUGCCCUGGUAAAACUCUGCAAUCUAAUAUGGUUUAGCUGAUUUGAUAUAAACAGAAAUUCAUAUUAAAUAUUGUAUUGUUGUAGCUCAUCCUUUGAAACUGAUUUAGAAAUAAUUGCCAUUUGGAACAUAUAGGAGGGUAUCACUUUGCCUAAGAUGCUUGGAAUAAAUGUAAUGUUUUAAUGUAAUCAUGUAAUCCUCUGGUAAGGUUGUGACGAUAGAUGUUUGUUAGAUGGUCAGUAUAUGCAAUUAGCCUUUGAAAUGCAAUUUGACUAACAGAUUAAUGAGACAUUAUUAUAUUAAAUUAAUUGCAUCUUACAUUUAUUAAGCAUUCAAGGCACCUUGGUAGGAUACCAACAUAUGUAAAUACUCUGCAUGAUACACAGUUCUGUGUUGUGAACCUUUGACCACACAACGAGAACAUACAUUGUGCAACAAUGGUGUAUAUUUAGCAGGAAGUAACACGCAAAAUGACAUUAUAUGUGCAACACAGACAGUCCAUGUUGGAAGAUAUAUACUCAGAUAUUUAUUUGUAAGCAAACAGAUUUGGGGGCGCAUUUGUAGGUCAAAGCUAAUUUUUCAUUUUGAGUGUUGUAAAGUAUAUUUGUAUGUAUCUGAAUGUGUGAUGGCAAUAAUAAUGAACAAAGUAAUGUUGUUUCCUUAUU